AUGUCGCCUAGUUUGAGGACACUUUCCCGCCAAGAGCGGUUUUAUUUGGACACCAUGACCAACAUAAAGCGUUUCGUGGAGAAUUUUAAUGUCGAGCGCGAUGUAGGACAGCUUGAGGGAUGGAAGCAACGAGCGGAAGUAUUGUAUGCUGAUUUUCAGGCAAAUCGUUUACAGAUCGAAUUGUUCGGCGAAGAUACCGAUAAGAAAGAUACGGAUGAAGAGGAUGCAAAGAUUGCAGAAGAAGCUAAUCGUCUAAUUCGUCAGGGGUUCGAAAAUGAUUUUGUACGGGUUCAUAGUUUUCUCACUAGUGAAUAUCGUAAAUCUACCACACCACAAUCGAUAGUUCCUGCUACUACCAGUGAUGCAGGAAACCUAUUCAAUCACCCUUAUUCUCGUAUAAAGCUCCCUGAAGUAAAACUUCCCACGUUUUCUGGGUGCGUAUCGGAGUGGAUAACGUUUCGUGACACGUUUAAGUCCCUAAUUGACUCCAAUCUCCAACUUUCGCCUAUCGAUAAAAUGUCGUAUCUCGUUGCUUCCCUUUCCAAAGAUGCUAGGAAGGUGGUCGAAUCCGUCGAGCACACUGCUGCAAAUUAUCCAGUCGCCUGGAACCUACUAGAGAAGCGAUUCGACAACAAAAAGUUAGUCGUCAGAACGUUAAUUGAUGCUCUAUUUUCGAUUGAGCCCCUCAAAAGGGAGUGUUAUGAGUCGCUUAUGCAUCUUGUCGAUGAUUUUGAACGAAACCUGUGUAUGAUCGACAAGAUGGGCAUUCUCACGAAAGACUGGAGUGUGUUGCUGGCGCACAUGGUUUGUAGUAAACUCAAUUCGUCCACGCUGAAGCAGUGGGAAACGUACCACAAAUCGACAGAGGUUCCCAAAUACGAAGACGUCAUCAAGUUUCUUCGUACCCAUCUAACGGUGCUCCACUCGCUGACUCCGUCGAAACCACGCUUGUUAGAUACACCCAAACCGGAGUCGUACCGGUCACAGAAGUCGAAAAUAAAUACAGUCCACACAGUUACUACUACUAGCUCAUCGCCAAGUUCUUGCCCGUUCUGCUCUACGUCUCCUCAUUCUCCAUUCAAGUGUGGAGCAUUCCAGAAACUUUCGGUCGUCCAACGUUUCGAGCAGGUGAAAAAGAAAGGUUUGUGUAUCAACUGCUUCUCCUCCUCCCACCUACCUCGUCAAUCAUCGACAGCAGAAUCCCAAUCGCCAUCAGCCAAUGCCACAAGCCUCAUUUCCACCACCCUCGUCGGAAGUUUUCGAACUGUUCCAGCUACUGUACUGCUACAAACCGCCAUCGUCAAGAUCUUCGAUUCACACGGACACACGCAUUGUGCCCGAGCAUUACUCGAUCCCGCUUCACAGCUAAGCUUGGUUACGGAAAAUCUUGUCCAGAAACUCCAGUUACGCCGCUAUUCUGAUCGCCAAGAGAUCGGUGGCGUAGGUAACUCCCUCGUAGUUUCGUACCAUGCUGUUCCUAUUCGUAUGGGUUCGCGUUGCUCGGAUUUCGUCACUGAUGUACAAUGUCACAUACUAAAGAAAAUCACACGUGAAUUGCCGGCCAGGUGCAUCGACACGUCAGCGUGGAACAUCCCAUCGAAUCUCGCUUUAGCUGACCCUCAGUUCCACAAGCCUGGACCCAUCGAUCUCCUCAUCGGUAUGGAAAUGUACUAUGACCUGCUUCUCGAAGGAUUCUUGAAACUCGGACCAGAAAAACCUGUCCUGCAAAACACCGUGCUUGAAUGGAUGGGGCAGGCUCCAACCCUUGCUCGCUUUUGGGAAAUUGAAUCUUGCUGGAACAAAGGUACCUUUUCGUUGGAGGAAACCGCAUGCGAAGAACAUUUCUCUAGUGACGUCUCUCGUGAUGAAUCAGGUCGCUUCGUAGUCACUCUUCCAAAACGUUCGUCGAUGCUAAACCUAUUGGGAAGUUCAAAGGAGAUUGCAACUCGAAGAUUUCUCGCUCUCGAACGUCGCCUGCAAUCCAACCCCAAACUGAUGGAAGCAUACUCGGCUUUUAUCGAGGAAUAUCAUAAAUUGAACCAUAUGCGAGAAGUUGUCGAUGAAGAAAUUUCUGCUAGUGGUAUUUCGUACUAUCUCCCGCACCACGGUGUGGAGAAAGCAGACAGUACAACCACGAAGUAG